GACCCUACCGUGCCAACCGGAGCCAGGCACAGUUUAUAGAUUACCUGGCGUAUCCGGUGCAGUUACUAUAGUCAGGAAAACGGUGUUCCACCUGUGUGUCAGCUCCUGCAAGCGUCUCAAGGGCUGUAUCCAAGGGAGUCGAUCACGGCCGAUGUCGAAUUUAACAUUGCCUUACCGCAUCGGCUGCAAAAUUCUGUGUACUUACACCGCGCGUAUUGAUACUUUAUACUUUCGAGGUGCACAAGUGUCCGAAUACACUAUGCAACGAGUGUUCAUGUGUCCGAUGCAUUGAGAAACAUACGGUGAACGUUGAAUAAAGUGAUUCAAGCUGUUUUCUUCGAAAUCGUAGCGAGUGUCGACUUCAGAUUCUUCAAAUUAAAUGGGACAGGAAGGUGAUCAUUUAGAAAUUUUUCCAGGAUGAGUGCUAAGGAGGCAAACGCAUCAAAUAAGACGCCGAUGAAUUAGAAAGUGAAAGCCUAAAUGAAAGUAUAAUAGCGUUGAGACCAGUGAAACAAACAAUGUUAGAUUUACAUAGCACGAAGGAAUUAGAAAAACAAGUAACAAAAAGAAGUACUGUAAAAUCAAUUUCAAAAUUUAUCGGAUGUUGAAGAAUUAGAAGAGAUCGCUCUCGCAAGUUGUCCAUUAGAGGAACAUGAAAGGUUGCAAAUACAGCAAAAAGAAUAGUCGAAAUGAAAUUCAUCAGAUACCACGGCUAUGAUGAGAGAUAAAUGUGUGUUGCAUCCCGUAACACCGCAACUCUUUCAUCGAAUUUCAGGGGGUCGUAAAUCUCGCCGCGCUAGCUCGCGAUAAUGAAUUUGGGACAAGGACUUGUAAAUGAUAUCGCAAAUUUGAUCGGAAAUGAGGAAUCAACUCUUCUACUGUAGUAUAUCUCACGUAGAUUCAGUACGAUCUACCUAGUCCUCCUGUCUCGACUUGACCAUGGAAUACUGAAAUACCCAAGAUAAAGCUACAAACAAAAGAAGGGAUAAAGAGGGAUGUCUGAAUGGGUGGUGCCUGCUCCUGUCGAGGACGCGAUAGCCAGGUGAACGCUGGCUCGAUCCUUGACCGUGUGAUUAGUCAAGCGAGCAACGAGGACCAAUGUCUGCUGUACCGGCUGGCCAAUUACAAGAAGAGCGGCGAGUUGAUAGAGUCAUACAAUCGAGGCGGCCAGGCUCAAGUCGAAAAGCUGAUACGGGAACAAUUCGGCGUCUUGAUGUACGCGGAUGGUAAAGGUCAGGUGAUCAACCGUGCCGAGUACCUGCGCUGGAAGUUCCGUGACCAAGAGCAGGUCGUGCUGCCUAUAGAGGCUUCCCUGUCGAGGUUCGAUCCUUUGGCGCAAUGGAAUGAUCACGAGGCGUGCUGGCAGAUGCAAUAUAGAGGCUCGCUUGGAGAGACUCUGCUACAUGUUCUGAUUAUAUGCGACACGAGGAUACACACACGAAUCGCGCGUAUCUUGCUCAAGUGCUUCCCCCAAUUGGCGAUCGACGUCGUCGAAGGAGAAGAGUACCUCGGUGCCAGCGCCCUUCAUCUUGCCAUCGCGUACAACAACAACGAGCUGGUCCAAGACCUCGUCGAAGCUGGUGCCAUUAUUUCGCAGCGGGCCAUCGGCAGCUUCUUCCUUCCCAGGGAUCAGCAGAGAAUGAAUCCCGCGAAGAAUACGGAUUACGAGGGAUUAGCGUAUUUAGGGGAGUAUCCUCUGGCGUGGGCCGCUUGCUGCGCAAACGAGAGUGUCUACAAUUUACUGCUCGAUUCCGGCGCGGAUCCUGACGAGCAAGACUCCUUUGGGAACAUGAUUCUUCAUAUGGUGGUGGUUUGCGACAAACUGGAUAUGUUUGGGUAUGCUCUCCGCCAUCCGAAGCUUCCUGCUCGCAAUGGAAUAGCGAACGCCGCUGGGCUGACCCCGUUGACGCUCGCCUGCCAGCUGGGCCGUGCGGAGGUCUUUCGGGAGAUGCUGGAGCUGUCUGCACGGGAAUUCUGGCGCUACAGUAAUAUCACCUGCUCCGCGUACCCCCUCAAUGCACUCGACACGCUGUUACCCGACGGCAGAACAAACUGGAACUCCGCGCUAUUUAUCAUUCUCAACGGUACGAAGGAGGAGCACUUGAACAUGCUGGACGGUGGUAUUAUUCAGCGAUUACUCGAGGAAAAAUGGAAGACCUUCGCGCGGUUGCAGUUCUUGAAGCGACUGAUCAUCCUAGUGUUCCACCUAGCCUCAUUGUCUCUGGCCGUGUACAUGAGGCCCAGCAAUAUGGCCGCCAUUGUCCUGAAAUGGCCGGAAGAAAUAACGGAAGCUGUUCGUACAAUAUCGGAGUGCAUCACCAUCGUAGGCGUGUUGAGCUACAUUCUGGUGCAACUAGGCGGCGAGAUCAUCAACAUCGGUCUGCUGUCGUUCAUGAAACAGUUGAGUCACGAACCAGCCAAGCUGAUAUUUGUGAUCAGUAACCUGCUGAUACUCGCCUGCAUUCCGUGUCGUCUCGCUGGCAACAGGGACGCGGAAGACGCGAUACUGGUAGUCGCUGUGCCUGGCUCGUGGUUCCUCCUCAUGUUUUUUGCUGGCGCUAUUCGGUUAACCGGUCCAUUCAUAACUAUGGUCUACAGCAUGAUAACCGGGGAUAUGUUGACCUUCGGGAUAAUUUACAUGGUGGUGCUGUUCGGAUUCUGCCAGUCGUUUUACUUUUUGUACAAAGGAUUCCCCGGAGUGAAAUCGUCCCUUUAUCAUUCCUAUCACUCAACUUGGAUGGCACUUUUCCAGAUAACCCUCGGCGAUUAUAACUACGCCGAGCUAAGCUACACGACCUAUCCGAAUUUGGCUAAGACGGUGUUCGCUAUAUUCAUGGUGCUGGUCCCGAUACUGCUGUUGAACAUGUUGAUCGCCAUGAUGGGGAACACUUACGCGCACGUGAUCGAGCAGAGCGAGAAAGAGUGGGUGAAACAGUGGGCGAAAAUUGUUGUCUCUUUAGAGCGAGCCGUGUCGCAGAAAGACGCGCAGAACUAUCUGCAGGAGUACAGUAUCAAACUGGGGCCCGGGGAUGAUCCGAACAACCCCGCCUCCGAGCAACGCGGUGUUCUAGUUAUUAAAUGCAAGUCGAAGACCAAGGCGAAACAACGGAAAGGUGCUGUGGCCAAUUGGAAGCGCGUUGGCAAAGUCACCAUAACUGAAUUGAGAAAACGUGGUAUGACCGGUGAAGAACUGCGGCGAAUCAUGUGGGGGCGUGCGUCCUUUUCCACACCUGUCAGAAUAAGUCCAAAUAUAGAUGAACCGCAAGUUUCGGCAGUGACUGCAGGUUUUGGUGGCGCUUUGACUACAGCCUUAGAUAUGAUGGCGUUCGCACACGAUAUUGACUUGUCCACUGCUACCGAAGGGAUACCGACCAAUGUUGAUGCCAAACAAAUGAAACCCAAAGUUUCGAACGAUGAACAAAUAAAUUCUACGUUGAAUAUGCCGUCGACGAAUGUCCAAUCUGCGGAGCAGAAACUUAUCGUUAUUACGAAUGAACAACAAAUUCAUAGCGCCGAAGUUUCUUUGAACAAGAAACCAGCUGAACCUGCCAUUCGUGAAAUGAAUCUGAAAAAUUCCGAUCAUCCACCUGCUGAAGAGAUUCAGGAUCCGCUAUUGGAUCUUGUGAUUGCCUCCGAAAGUACAACUGAUAAUGAAAUCCUGAUGAAAAUAGCUCGAUGCGCAGCGGCGAGUGUCGACGUGCCGGCGGAUUCGAAAUUGAAUCUGCAAAUUUUGGAACAGUUCACUAUGAUCAAAAUACCCGUGGAGGAACAACUCACUGCCACCAAGAAACAGUAUUUCAUUGAGUCGAGCGACAAUGAUUUCGCCGGCGACAACCUGCUCGGAACCGAGGCUCGAUUACGCAGAAUAAGAUCAGCGAACAACAGAUUUAUCACGACGCGGAGACGUUCACGGCACGGCGACGGUGAUCUGUCAUCGUCGUCUUCCACGUCUGCGGACGGAAAUUCUCGAUACCAGCCGUUGCUCGACGAUCCCGAAGAGAAACUGACGAACCGUCAAAUUGAAGGUCCUGACGGGCCCGGCGAAAUAAUUAAGCCGGAGAUAAAGCAGAACGGAACGUGCAAUUCGUCGAAGAACAAAGCUCAGAAACGACGACCGAAAACAGCUAGAAACAGGGUAUCACCGAAGGAAACGGAGGAGCCCGCGCAGAGGAGAAGAGAAUCGAUUGAGCGGAAUAAGGCGGCCUCGCCGCCGACGUCGCCCACGGAUCCGCUCGAGCCAUGGAGCACACGUGACAUUAAGGACAUGAACACGAUAUUGGCUUGGGAAGAAAAUGUGCCGGACAGUCCUUAACGAAACUUUAUGAUAUUAUGCGCCCAGCGCUCCUGCCUUCGCCUUUCUAGCCAUUCGCUCGGCAAAAACGGAGUUGUCCUUGCGGAACCUGCCAACUCAAACGUGUCCAGGGAUUCGGGUGCUAGGGAUGUUUCCACCGGACAACGACGCAGCUUUUCUUCGAGGAUUCGACGACCUACAGCGAGGAUAGUUUCUCUGGGAAGUAGAAUAUAUUUGAAGGUUUGAGUAAUUAGUGGGUUAUUCUACGAGUAAUCAUCGUCUUUCGCUGCAGACUUCGGCGCGACGUUUUAUGAGUCGUAUCGGUUGGCUAGUUGACCUUUCAGGGAUUCAACUGGGUAUAAGAAGAGCUAGAUGGUAAAAAUAAUGUUUAUUAACCCUUAACGGUCGAAGGGGCUCAAUAUGGGGAUACGAAAAGGGUUUGGUCUUCGUUUCAUUUAUUUAUCAUCGCUGUAGUUUUCUUUAUCGAAUAUUGCAACUUGUUACAUCAUUGGUUUGUUGAUCAUGCACUGGCAAAAAAUAUUUACCGUAAUAUUACGUCUUAUGAGCGAGUGUUACAAAGAAAGCUCUCGGUCGUUAACGGUUAAAUAAUCAAAGGAGGUAUACAUAUACGAAGAUCCAACCGAAGGAUUGUUGCGUUACUCUUGAACUUGUGCAACAAGCUGCGCAUUUUUUCGCGCGAAUGUCCAUUAUUUCUAUGACGCGAAAUUUGUCAUGCCACACAACUGUUGUUUCUAUAAUACUUUGAUCAUUCACGCUCUGAUUGAUUAUUACUUACUCGUAGAAUAGAUUUUAUUGUUUUACUGUUUACUUCGCAGAGCUAGUAAACAAUCAAAUUAUACACUUCUAUAUUUUCUUAUGUAAAUCAUAGAUGUGUGUACUGAGAUCUCGACUCAAAUACAUUUUAAUGACUUUAAUAUUAAAUCAAUUUAUUUAAUAAUCGUUCCCGAAGUUAUUAUACAUUAUUAGAGUAUUUAGUAUCGCAUUAAUACUAUUCCUACCGACACCCUACGUAUACCUAUUCCUACCGCGAUCAGUCAAAUGAUUGGUCUUUAGCACAACUUAUAUUUUUUAAUGUAUCCAAAUAUAGUUCGUUUCAUUUAGAAGUAUAUAAUUUACAUUUUAUUCGUUUUCACCGCAUUUUUUACAAAUAGGUUUGUCGAUUGUACAUUUCCCAUACACGUACUUUUUACAUUUUAGACAGAUGUUGUUAGUCUUAUUGUUUGUGCAAUAUCUCAUUUGGUAUGGUUUCCGGUCGGGUGAACCUUUACUUGUAUUUGUGACGGGUGUUGCUUGAUUUUCUUUGCCUAACUCUAGU